AGCCUCGUCAUCGAAAGGAACCACACGCGGAGAGAGAGAGCGCAAUGGAGUCCUCCUUCCUCCAGAUCUCCCCACUCGCCCCUCUCCAAACCGUUCCCUCGUCCCACUCUUCGCCACCCCUUCUCCCCCCCCUCUGGCGUCGCCAUCCCCUGCCCCUCCGCCGCCGUCCGCCGGCGGCGGCGGCCCUGAAAAGCCCUCGCGGCUUCGGCCCCGCGCCCCAGAAGACCAAGAAGCGAAUGAAGCGGAAGAGCUCGUCCCCCAACGACGACGAUGACGAAGAAGAAGAAGAAGAAGAAGACGAAUCCGAGAACGAGGGCACGAUCCCUGAGGUGGUCACGAACCGGAUGAUGCGGCGAAUGGGGUUCUCGGUGGGGAUUCCGCUCGCUUUCGGUCUCCUCUUCUUCCCCUUCUUCUAUUACCUCAAGGUGGUCUCCAAGAUCGACGUGCCCACCUGGAUUCCGUUCAUCGUUUCCUUCUUCUUCUUUGGCUCCGCCCUUCUUGGGGUCAGCUAUGGGAUCGUUUCGGCGAGCUGGGACCCUCUCCGGGAGGGCUCGCUUCUUGGAUGGAACGAGGCUCGCCGGAAUUGGCCCGUCUUCUGGCAGUCGCUCUGGGGCGGCGGAAAGAAGUAGAUUGGAUUCCACCACCAAAGGUUGAACUGCUUGGAGGAAUAAUUCAGCAUGGAAGCAAGGAUAGGUCUGACAAUGUUUUUGGGAAGUGUUGGUGACUGAAAGAGUCUUAAGGGAGAAAGUUUAGAUCAGGAUAGAGCAGGAAAUGUGUAGAUAAAUUAAUGGGCUAGAAUACAUAACAGUCCAGUACCGAAGAAUUUGACUGCAAUUCUCUGGCACUAGUCCUGUAUUUUGGUCAAUGAUUUUAACUUCAGAAACUCUAGUAACAAUAUGAUGGCAAGGAUAUCAACUAGAUCACACAAUAAUUACCAAACA